CUCAUAUUAUGGAAUAUGCAGCCUUCAAUGCAUAAAUUAUUUCAGGAUAUCGAACAAAAGUUUGGCGAUUCAAAAAUUUCUCAACAUUCUUAUUUUUCAAAUGUUUCGGAUCAUUUGUUUGAUGAUUGUGUAAACUUUUUGGAGAGUCCUCCCGCAACAAAACAAUAUUCAGAAAAAGAAUUUAAAGUUGGAGUGUGCAUAAGUCAAUUGGCAGUUGCCAUGUGUAAUCAAAAAUAUGAUUUGCUCUCCAAAAUAUUUUUAUGGCAAAAACAAGCAGAUACACGUCGUACAAUCCGCCUUUUAAAUUGGAUCCUUUUAGGAAUUUCGAUGACAGAUGCCUCCACAGGUUUAAUUACCACAAUAUUUGAUUUCCAGGAUAGUAUCGCCGACCUUCUCUCACAUACAUUAAUCCAACCAUUUAACGAAGUCGUUGCAGCAGAUCAAAAUUAUUUAUAUACACAGUCAGGAGAAUUAGCAUACCA